GACCGUCCACUUCUCCGGCUCUCCUCCAAAUUACCUCUACAUUAUCAUAUAAUACGAUUCAAUCCAUUCCCAUCUACAUCGUCUCCGAUCGCCGACUCUUUCUUCCGGUCAGUUGUACGCUUCUGUUCAAACAAAGAAACCUAUCUGCUUGUUUGUUUGUUGCCUCCAAUUCUAGCACUCAAGUUUCAUGUCUGAGCUCGACAUCCAGAUUCCAACUGCCUUCGAUCCAUUCGCUGAGGCAAAUGCUGAGAACUCAGGUGCUGGGUCAAAGGAAUACGUUCAUAUACGUAUACAGCAACGCAAUGGUAGGAAAAGCCUGACCACUGUCCAAGGGUUGAAGAAAGAGUUCAGCUACAAUAAGAUACUCAAGGACCUUAAAAAGGAGUUUUGCUGCAAUGGUACCGUUGUUCAAGACCCUGAACUUGGCAAGGUUAUCCAACUUCAAGGCGAUCAAAGGAAGAACGUAUCCACCUUCCUCGUUCAAGCUGGCAUUGUGAAGAAAGAACACAUCAAGAUUCAUGGUUUCUAAAUAGCGGAUACUACUACUACUACGACUACUACGGCGGCGGCGGCGGCAUAGUACCGAGCUAGCAACUUGUGCUGUAUCUAAGUGAUAUUAGCUCUUCUUGUUGCUUGUAAUCCUUCAUUAUCUGCUGAAAUCAUCUUUUUCCUUGGUCUUAUAUUCUUUUAUAUAUAUAACAAACCCAUUAGAGAUUGAAAAUAAACAGGUAGCUAGUGUUCCUGAAGUGUAAGUAUAGUUUCAGGAAGAAAUGGCAAUCUUUUUUUGUAUUGUUUCUUGUUCUAAUUCUAAUUAUGUAACAGGAGAUAUUUAUCUGCU